UUUGUACACUGACGAGUAUCCUACGGUUAAUAUUUGCGAAUGAUGUAUUACAUAUUCAGUGCACGAUGCCUUAAAUGUAUUUAUGCUGACAAUCGGUCGUUUAUAUGAAGGUCUAUUAAGAAGCUUAAGGAAUUUUUAACAGCCAUCCUACGCACAUUGUCAUCCGUUAGAUCGAUUAAAGGGAUAACAUUGGAAUCUAUAUAGCCGACGGUUGUACACUGUAGAUAUCUUGGAAGUAUUCAAAUGAUCGAAGAUUAGCUUAAAAAUUAGAAUUACCAUUUAAGGGUUGUAAGCUUGUUUGUAUAUAUCCUGUAACAAUCGAUUUACUGUUUGCCUGUUUGGUCGCUAAGACUCCAUCUUGAUUUCAAAGGCUUUAAUACUUUACAACGAAAAUUUCGCUUGAGUUUGAGAUUUUAUUAAAAUUCGAGUGCUCUUGGAAUGAUUAUUUUGGUUGAGUACAUUAAAUUUUAUCACGCCUUUAUCAAAUGUGAAACAAAAUCAUCAGCAUGCCCAUGCAAUUAGAUAUUGUAGAUCGAACGAGCGACGAAAAUGGCGAGCCUGCAAGAUAUCAAAACACCUACAGAUUGGAAUCAUACAAUCCAUUCAAAAUUGAACCUGUGGAUAAGAUUGUUGAGAUGGUAAUGACGAAUCAUUUGGAAGAUGCUGUAUACGAUGCUACUGAGGCGCCAAAGAUCUGCAGUGAAAUCAGUAGUGAAAUUCGCAAGAGGAUACUUAAACUAGAAUUCGAUAGAUAUAAAAUCGUGGUGAUUGUAACGUUGAUAGAAAAAUCAAGCCAGUCCUUAGAGAGCUCAAUGGGAUUUAUCUGGGACGUUCAAAGGGACAACUACUCGACCUAUACCUUGGAAACACAAACUUUCUACGCCUACUGUUGCGUAUUCGGUGUUUAUUACGAGUGA